CUUUACUAACUCUGGGUCUUUCCAUGUUAUAUUUUCAGGCAAGAUGACUUUGCUAACACUUUGAAGAUUUGUUAGGAAUGAGUUGGAGCAGGGGUCCCAGGUCACCUCCCUCGCCCUUUUCUUCCCGGAUGGAACAAGAAGCUAACCAGGGUGUGUGUGAACGCCAGGAAGCAGAAGACAGAGGGAUGGGCUCCGACUUUGAGAACUCUGAGGACCGGGAAGGGGACCCACAGGAUACCGAGAAGGGAGAAGGCCGCCUGGUGCUGGAGGCGGGCUGCAGAUCACAGAGGGACGCCCUAAGAGGGGCCUCAAGGGACGGGAAAGUAUUGCCUGACACCUGCACAGAGGGGCUGCUGAGGGAGGAGGAAGGGGCUGCUGGCCCUCAGGAAGAGGAUGCCCAAUCUGGAGGAGCCGACAUGGGCAUGUUCCCUGGGCUGUCCGAGUCUGACAGUGUAUCCCGCAGCCCUCAGGAAGAGGAGGAGGAGGAGGAGGAAAGUGCUGGGGAGAACCGGCUGGAGGAAGAAGAGGAGGGGGAGGAGCAGCCGCCCCCUCCCAUGCUCCCCUGGCGGCGCCACCUCUCCCUGGGGACUCGGCACCGGGGUGACAAGCCUGCCCAUCGCCGCUUCCACCGGCCCCACCACCCCAUGGCCGUGGACCUUGGGGACCUCGAUAGCCUGGUGGCCAGCAUCAUGGACGCGCCCACCAUCUGCCCCGACUGCGGCGAGAGCUUCAGCCCGGGCGCCGCCUUUCUACAGCACCAGCGCAUUCACCGCCUGGCCGAGGCCGCCGCCGUGGCCAGCCUGGAGCCUUUCGGCUUGGCGGGCGACUGCGGCGCCGUGGUGGGGAUGAUGGGCGUGGGCAUGGCGGGCGGCUUCGGUGCAGGGCCCACGCUGGCCCGGCCGGCGCGGGAGAAGCCCUUCCGCUGCGGGGAGUGCGGCAAGGGCUUCAGCCGCAACACCUACCUGACCAACCACCUGCGCCUGCACACGGGCGAGAGGCCCAACCUGUGCACCGACUGCGGCAAGAGCUUCAGCUGGCGCGCCGACCUGCUCAAGCACCGGCGCCUGCACACGGGUGAGAAGCCCUACCCGUGCCCCGAGUGCGGUGAGGCCUUCAGCCUCAGCUCGCACCUGCUCAGCCACCGGCGCGCGCACGCCGCGGCCAGCGGUGCGGGGCCGGCGGCGCUGCGGCCCUUCGCCUGCGGGGAGUGUGGCAAGGGCUUUGUGCGCCGCUCGCACCUGGCCAACCACCAGCGCAUCCACACGGGCGAGAAGCCGCACGGCUGUGGCGAGUGCGGCAAGCGCUUCAGCUGGCGCUCGGACCUGGUGAAACACCAGCGCGUGCACACAGGCGAGAAGCCCUACAUGUGCUCCGAGUGCGGGGAGACCUUCAGCGUCAGCUCGCACCUCUUCACGCACAAGCGCACGCACUCAGGCGAGCGGCCCUACGUGUGCCGCGAGUGUGGCAAGGGCUUCGGCCGCAACUCGCACCUGGUGAACCACCUGCGCGUGCACACGGGCGAGAAGCCCUUCCACUGCGGCCAGUGUGAGAAGCGCUUCAGUGACUUCUCCACGCUCACGCAGCACCAGCGCACGCACACCGGCGAGAAGCCCUACACGUGCAUCGAGUGUGGCAAGAGCUUCAUCCAGAGCUCGCACCUGAUCCGCCACCGCCGCAUCCACACCGGCAACAAGCCGCACAAGUGCGCCGGCUGCGGCAAAGGCUUCCGCUACAAGACGCACCUCGCCCAGCACCAGAAGUUGCACCUGUGCUAGGGCUGGGUUGGCAGGAGGCCGCGCUCUGGGGAGCAGGUGGCUGUCCUGGGGGCAGACCCUGUAGAAAGAAGUGGAGAAGGGGCGGGAGGGACAAUCUCCCAGUGAUUCGGGAUCCUUUGGGUGUUGGGGUCCUAAAGGGGAGGGUUAUGUAUGAAUUGUUUUGGGGUGCUAUAUUUUCUCAGCCUUCUCUCUGCCCGAGAAAGGGAGACUUAUUUGGGGAGAUGCGCUUGAGUUGAUGACUUCAUUGCAAACAGGCUGUAUGGGGCAGAGGAGCAGGCGGUUGGAAGACUGCCUGGAGGAAGGGAAGUUGGGGCGCCGGAGUGGGAACCGGACAGGCAGGCAGAAUAGGUGGGGCGGGGCUUGUGAUGGCCUUCAGGAACCAGGGGAGAGGAUGUGGUUGGAGGAGGGGGUUGUGGGGUACACGAAAACGCGGGUAAGUCUGCUGGUCCCGGCAGGUAGUAAGCCAGUGUUUGCCCGGAACCCGCAUGUCAGCUGUCGCCCCAGGCUAAGCUUGGGGGACUUGGCCAGUCCUGCAGGAGAGGGUGUUUAGUGUGCUCUUCCCCUCUUUCCUCUGAGCCACAGUUAGCUGCUAUUUUGAGGCCCCUCCGGGGAAACUGGGCAGAAAAACUACACACUGUCAUUUUUAAAGCAACUUUGGAGUUAAAGGUUCUUUCAUAACUGGUUCUCAAAUCUGGGAAAUCCUGGUUCUGCUCCUGGUUCUUUGCUACUCCCUUGAACAUACUCUAGCUUCAUGCUGGGUCAGGGGCCUCUACAAGAGGGGCUUACCCCCCCCAACCCUCCACCCCCACCCAUGUGUCAGGUGUGUGCCAGCCCUAGUAUUUCUUUUCGGUCUCACCUGUGAACUUUGAUGUGCAGGGAAAUGGAAGACUCCCAGUGCACUAUGGGUGACCCUCCUCCUUACAGGUCAGCUUGGUGUGUGUGUUUGCACUUCAGACCACCAGCAAUUGGCCCAGUGACCUGUCACGAGUUGCCCAGCUCCAGCUUUGCUGGCUUUGUCUGGGGAGCACAGGAGCCCACAGCCCUUCAGAUGGUGGGGUGCAGGCCUGCUUUGCCCAUUAGCCUUCACUUUGCAUCUGUGCACCUUGCUCUCCACUAACCUCCCCCCAUCCAUGUUGAUGAAGGAUCUAGGCCCAAGAGGAAUUUUUGUUUUUCCCCUACAUGUGGAGGCUUUGUAGAAAUCUCAAGGCUUUAUGCAAGGAGGGCACAGUCAGGGAGAGGUACAAAUGCAACAUUGCCAAAUAGCACAAGCAACGAAUGUUUUCUGGUUGUUGAUCUAGAUGCCAAAAUAGCACUUUGGUAUUUGCAAGGUGCUUUAUGAUUUUUAAUGACUAUGACUUGUUUCUCACAGCUCUGUGAGGUAGAUCAGUAUUAUGAGAAAGCCUAGGGACAGGAGUGUGGCAGGCUGUUGGAAAACAGGCUGAUGUCAGUGGGCAUGGGUGUGGCCUGACCUUGUUUAUUCUCCAGCUCAGCUGCUAAGAAGGUUUAACCUGCCAUGUUUAUAUAAUUAAAUAAGGACACUGAAAAUUCUUGUGCUUGAUGGGAAAACUUGAGGCUAGCCUAGGAGGGCCAAAGAUGUCCUUAUUGGACAAAGCUGGUCUUUGUCCUCUAAUUAGGUCACCCUAGCUAGGUUUGAUUUCUGGUAGGGGGCUGUAGUUAGAUGACUGUUGUGUAGAUUACAGUCACCCAUGCUGAAAAUUGCUCCCCUAGGUUAACCUUUAGAAGUUAGAGUGGUGGAAGGCAAUACUGUUUUCUUCAUUAGCGAUUGUUACCCUGUGUCUUUCAUGGAAGCAUCUUCAAUGCUGUUGGACACAAUUGAUGGGGGGUGGGGAGCUAUAAAGUUGUUUUUACUGUUUUAGCAAAGUUUCUGUGGAUGCUAGUAAUUUAUACUUGAUCAGUUGUAUUCUAGCAAAGAACCUCUCUGGGGACUGUAGGAAAGCAUGUUUUUGUCAUUAUAAGAACAUAUUUUUUAACAAAUCCUGAGAAUCCUGGCCUUGCAUAAUAUCUAUUAAUCCUGCCCUCUUAAUCAAUUUAUUGUUAGUCACAAAUGCAAAUAGAUUUUCAAACUCUAGUUUUAAAAGACACUAAUUCAAGUGUAAGACAAGAAAGUGUCCAUUAUUUAUUCUGACUCUUGUAGUCUGAAUAACAGGUAGAUAAGUCCCACCUGAAAAUAAUAUGGUCAGUUUGUAGGUAAUUUUCUUUCUUCAUGGUGUUUUCUCAUGCAUAUCUACCUCCUCUGGCUGUUUUCAGUUCUCUCAAGUCUGUGCCUGUGAAAUUUCAUCCAACUUCUGAUUGUUCGUGGGUUGAUCAUCCUCUUUAUAGGUUAUUUGGCCUUUUGUUGCCAUCCGUAUGUGCAGUUUUGCUUGCAUCAGAUAUGUUACAUAUCAGCAAUUUUAGAGAAAGAGUUCAACGGGGAGUAGACAUUGAAUCCAAUGUGAAACGACUUAGUGGUAGUGGGAAUUUUUGCACUUCAUUUACCUCUCGUUCUCUUAGCACGGAUUAGAGAGUUAGCUACCACGUCCGUGUCUGUACUAGGAGCUAUUCCCUUACUGAAGUAAACAGUGUAGGCAGCAGCUUCCCACUGGUGGUCUAUUUAAAAGUGAUUCCCUUAUUCUUAGGAUUCUUCAGGACACAUGAGCACUAGGGGAGGGUCAGUGUAUUCAGGAGGUUGUUUCUUGUCUCUAGUUCUAGAAGGGAUAGCUUUUCAUCAGUAAACCCUGUUAAAUGUGGUUCACUCUUGAAAAUGUUAAUCUGAGGACUCCUCCUGCUAACCCAUUCCUGAUGGUGGAGCAGGUGUAGUAGUUGUUUUCUGGGGAGUGUGGUUAACAGCAGGCUUCCUCUGCUGCCCUUCACUAAGCAAAGCCUGGAGCAGUUGAUUAGGUAGUUUUGAUUGCAUCUUGAGUUCUAGGUUGGAAGAUGAGCAGUUAACCCUUUGAGCCAUGUGGUCUCUUUACAAUCAAGAGGCCGAACAUAUGUGAAAAAGUGAAACUAAAGAACCUGUGUUCAAAGACAAUCUGAACUGUGUUUCUGAAGUGUGUGCACAUUUUCCUUCAUGGUAAUGUUAUUUUACAGCUGUUAAAAUUGUGAAUAACUUAAUGAACUUAAAGUAACAGAUUCCGUGUGAAUGUGUGCUUAUGUAUGUGAGAAUUGCCUUAUUUUCAGGUUGUUUUAUUUAAUGAUGGUUUCCUGGACAGCAUUCUGGUGUUCAGCAACCAAUGUGGAAUAUUUGUUAUUAAAUCCAUA